AUGGCCAUCGAGGACGAGGAAGAAGAAGACAGAGGCCAGUAUCCCCCAGAGGGAAAUGUGUUACAACAUAUGGUCAAGUAUAUAUACCAGAGGAAGAAGAUUCCAGCUGUUCUUCCUCCUGACCAAUUGAGGCCUGCCCACUACCCGAAACACCUCAAACCAAUGGAGUUAUUCUGUGAAAAAUGCCCUGACCACACGCCUUUGAGCGAGGCUGUGCUUAUAACUUCUAAAGCGAAAAUAGUCACUUUGAUUGAUGUGAUUGAGGACAUAUCAACAUACAGGAGGAACUGCAACAGAUGUGGCAUGGUCUACCGAUAUCAGGAGUGGACCGAUGGAGUUCACAAUUAUGAUGACCAUGUCUUAAUAUCCCAUCACCUGAGCAUGUUCCUCAGGAACAGCCUCCAGACACAUCAGGCGGUUGGAAGCUCAAUUGAGGUGCUGCAGGAGACAAGUGGGGAAAAGUAUCCCUCCAAACAACGGAUGCUGCAGGCCUACCUGAGCUUUGAGGCACUGACAGACCAUAAGUACGAAUAUUCCUGUGUGUCCUGCGGUUACCACCCCUCUACUGUCAUCAUGGACCUUCACAGGAAAAGGGUCUUUCACAUGCCUGCAAGCAACAUUGAGGACCCGCCACCUGAAUACAAGGGCCGUGUGAAUGCCACAUCUUUCUGGGAGAUGAUAGGCUUGGAAAUGAUAAGCCGUGGACUAGUCCCCUGUAAGGACAUAAUGAUUUUCCGCCAUCGAUCAUACAACAACUGGGCCCCAUGGGUUAGCCCACACACAAGAGCGUCCGAGGAGAUAAUGAACACAGAGUAUUGUAAGGCAUUGCAGGCCAAUCCUACAACCAGUGGGGAGCUGGACGUCACGGAGGAACGACUGACGGACGAGCUCCUCAAGCUCAGGUCCAGGGCAACCUAUGACAAGGUCUUUGCCAAGAUAUGGGGAGCCUCUGGUGGUUGGGCAGUUGUCACCUGCCCAUGUGGCAUUAUUUACAGGAUUAAGUUUAACUUGAGAGCAGAGAGUCCCAGGGACUUUGCAGACAUUUUACUGUCCAUGGCCCAUUUUCCGAAUGUUUGCAUUUAUGACUUUGCUCGGGGACUAGCAACUUAUUUAAAUGGCAGGCAGCCCCUUACUUUGUCCCUUAAUGCCGGAAGGUUGCUGCCCCCCACAGAGGAGAACAUAAAGGGAGCAUCUGAGGGCACAGUAAAAGUCAGCCUCCCAUGGUUGUGGAGCAAGAAAGAAGUGCCUGACAGGGGUGGGAACCCCAUCAUGGGGUCAUCAGAGCAUUACACUCUGUAUGAUCGUUUCCAUGAGCGGAAUACAAAAGACCCCCGUGACUCGCUCAGGAAAGUGGAGCUGGUGCCGGAACUGCUUGGGUGGGUCAACAGCCAGUGGCGACUGCGACUGCUCACCUAA